AUGCGAGUAUACGAGCAACAAGAGAGGCCCUCGGCCUUCCAUGAGGAGGAGGGUGUCUACUCCCGACAAGAUAAUAAGGAACUAUUCGAGGUUGUGUUUGGUAUUUCUAUCUCAUACGAAGGGGCCGUGGAUUUCUGGAAAUCAGGGUUCUCAAUAAUACAGCCUGGGUGGGAGGAGGUCUUUUCCCAAUUCCCUGAUCACUUACACUGGCUGGUAGCGGAGGUGAUUGAACCCCUCAUGUCUGGCUUCACCUCGAGAUGUCCUGCACAAUAUAACUCUGCUCAACAAUACACAUGGAACCUGAUUCUCGAAACUGCUCAAGAACUAGGUCCUCAGAAAUACGUUAGACGUCCUCACCCGUACGGAGCUAUCGGUGAUGGUCGCCCUCGCCCAGAAACGGGCCCUACAUCUUCCUCGCCUUCUCCCGCAGAAGAAACUACGUCUCCUCCUCCUCCUCCUCCUCCUCCUCCUCCUCCUCCUCCUCCUCCUCCUCCUCCUCCUCCUCCUCCUCCUCCUCCUCCUCCUCCUCCUCCUCCUCCCUCAAAGUCUUUCUUGCCUUCUUGGCUGGGAGAAGACACAAAUUCUUCUCCUCCUCAAACAUACCAAGAGAUGGUGGCGACAUUUGCUCCUGAUGAGCAAAAUGAGAGAUAUACAGCUUCUUCAGACUGUUAUCAAGCAAAUGGCAUAUAUCCUGAAAGGUCAUAUAACUCCGGUCCAAGUAGUAUCGUCUCAGAUUAUUGCUGUUCGACUCCGCCUUCUUCGUCAAUCUUCGCCUGUAAUGCCGGACCACCUUGA